CUGUUCUCUUGGGCGCGUUCUCCCUCCCCCCUGCCGCUCGCGCUCUUCCUUGCUCCGGCUCCCUCCCAUCGCCCAGUCAGCCGCAAACAUGGCAGCGGCCGCUCGCAGGCUCUACGCUGCGGUGGCGGCUCUGACGACGACGCGGAACGGUCACAGGCAUAAAUAAGGACCAGGCCAGUUUUUACCUCCUCCCCCUUCCUCUUCCUCUCCCUCCCGCCUCCACUCAUAAUGUGGAAGCUCAACAAGAACAGUAAAGUUCUCCUGGAUGAUUCACCAGAGGAAGAAGACAGCCAUCAGCAGGAAACGCCAUCUCCACCAUCUCCAGCAGGCACCUUUUCAGCUCAGACUAAGAACAAGGAUUCAUGUCUUCAGGAUGAAGUAACAUCUUCUGUUUCACAACUCGCAACAAAGGUUCAAGGUGCAGGUUUUCGGGGUUGGAAAGAAGUAACCUCCAUAUUUAAUAAAGAUGAUGAACAACAAUUAUUAACAGGAUGCAGAUCUCCAAAAUCUAAAGGAACAAAUAUGAAACUUAAAGAAGAUUUGAAAUCAGAAAAGAAAAGUGGAUUUUGGGACAGCUUGGUGAUAAAACAGAACAUCCAUUCCAGGAAGCCCGAUGAGAUUGAAGGAUGGGAACCUCCCCAGAUUCCUGCCAGCGACCACCUCAAUGAUGCAGAAAAUACUCUAAGUGACUCUUCAUCUUGGUCAGGCUGGGAAGAUGAAACCAAAGGCUCAACAAAGUACACAAACCUGGCAAGCUCAGGGAAUAGUUCAAGGUGGAGUAUUAAGUCAGCUGGAAGGUUGGUCAGCAUUAGGCGACAAAGCAAAGGUAACCUUACAGAUAACUGGGAAGAACUAGAAUGAUAUAAAGGAUUAGUUAUGACAAAGUGUAGCAUUUCAGCUUCAGUGUAUUCCCUGUUUUUCUUCAAGAAUAGCCAGUCUGAAUCUGGGAUGUGUGGGUGCAUGCAUUUCUAGAAUACAUCUAGAAUACUAUGAACUUGUUCCACAAAUGCUAGCACCAACCGGAAUAGUUGGAUCCACCCAGUCCACAGGAAAAAGUGCAAGUUUUGUUCUGCAUGUAUCUGCAAAAGAUGUGGAAUGUUCUAAAUAUUGUUUUAAGUUAGAUGAGUUAUGUAUGUACUUAAACCAAAUCAAAACACUGCAUCUUUUUACAGAACUGCAUUAUUCAAAUUCUUUAAUAGUUGACUCAUUGGUUUCUUAGACCUCACUGAACGAAGUUCAACACCAACUUUGUGCCUACAAUUUCCACAUUCACACUGUAUGUCACCUUGAGUUGCUCUUUAAAAACUGAAAUGAUUUAUAUACACUGGUUGAAUAGUGAACGUGUUAAUGUAAGAUUUAGAUUUCUUGAACUUCAGGUAAAUUUUUUGAAUGCUUUCCCUAUUUUGUGAAAAUGCUGGUUUGCAGCUGAUACCUCAUUGUUCCAGCUUUAUAUUGUUUUCUUGUUCUUGAGAUGGACAUUUUGACCUAUCAAAAUUCUGCAUUAUUCUAAAAUACCAAAUCAAAUAUGAAGCGCAAGAACACCAAUGUUUUCCUUCUGUUGCAAACUUGCCACAGAUGCAUGUUUGCAACAGAAGAAAAACUAUUUCUGCAUAUUAAUGAUUCUGCAUAUUGUGGUGUUGAACUAUCAUUCAGCUAAAGCAGAAGUGCAAUCAUCCCAAAUCAUAUACUGCAAACACAACUCAGAUGUCAGCCUAAGCACAAAUUCUAUCCUUACAAGUAGCUGGGUAUAGUUUGACUCCACUUUGUAGCAAAAAUAGAAGCAAGAACUCCUCAUCUGUGCAAAUAUGGAAACUUUUCAGGUGGCUAUUGCUACUCAGCUGAGUCAUUGAAUGUAUUACCAUCAUUGCUGAUAAUAACGUUACAUAUUAAGAGGUAUUUUUAGGCUGUUGUAUUAUUUAGAAAACUAAGAAAUCAAUCCUUUCGUACAGUCCAGCCUAUAAGAAAUGCUAUCACUCAGUUUAUGCACAAUCCUUUUAUAGAUUAAUUACUUUUCAAUCUUUGUCCUUUUAUACUUUGCCCACAUGAUCCUCUUUGUCUUUGCUGCUAUGUAGGAUUUAAUUGGUUAUGCUCUUUCUUUACAUCCUCAUGAUGACAAACAUUUUGUCUUGGCUACCUACAAAUGCUUCCUUUAAUUUGCUGUUACACAAUUUAUUUGCUAGCUGCUGCUAACACUAUUACUGAAGAAGAAGAAUCUUUCGUAGUGCAAAGAGAACAGAAGAAAUGUACUCUUAACAUUAAUUUGGGGCUUCUUUCCCCAACAGGAUAUUUUUAUAUAUACAUUUAUUGAAAAUUGUCCCAUGUAUCUACUUAGCAUGAUAGAAGACACUGUACUUUUGUAUGCAUAUGUGUCCCCAUAAAAGAAGAAAGAGAUGCAAUGACUUUGAACAACUUUCUUCAAAUCAAUAAGAAAACAUGUUAGAUAAAUGCUUUUUUGCAUUCUUCAUUAUAAGCAUUUUUCCAGUCUUCUGACUGCUCCAUGUAUGAAGUUCCCUCAAAGAUUAAACUUGCUAAAAAUUAUUUUACAUAAAAUAUGUCCUUGUGAAGGGAAUCCAAUAAUUUUGAAUUGGAGAAGAUAGUUACAGUUAAAUGAGAAGCUACCAAAGAGCCACUGCUCAGCUAACGGCUAGUACUACUGAUUUCAAAAAUGAAGAAAAUAUUAAAAGUGCCUUGAAUUAUAAUAGUUUGCUAUAGAAAUGUUUGGUUAGAGAAAUUUACUGUUUUUGUUUUUCUCAUCCUUAAAAAACUUUGAUUAUUUUUUGAUUUCAGGUUCUGUAAAAUGAGUAUCUAAUUGAGGAUGGUAGCAUAUUUCUUGCCUCUUACUUACCAAUCCUUACUUGAAACUGAUAUUGAGCAUGCAUGCCACUGGUCAUUAUAGAGUGAUCUGUUUAGCAAUAUAGAAACUAAAAAUCUAUGUUCAAAAUUUCUUUUUAAGAAUCAGGUUUUUUAACAGGACUGUUUUAUAACUAUGCAGAACAUUUCCAAGGUAUAAUUCCUCCCUACAGGUAAAAGCUUCAGAUUAUAUAAAAAAAAUAAAAUAUCACAGAUAAAAAUUAUGGCUACAAUCCAGAGAUACAAUAUCUCUCAGUCAUACACCAAGAUUUUAUAGCCUUCCUCCACCAUGUCAGUGCUGUCUUAUGUCUUUGAGCAUUUUUCCUUGCUGCUCUAUGGCACUUUGAGAUGCCCUUAUGCCAAGCAGUAUCUUAUGAUCACAUGACUUGCAUGCAGAUGGAAAAAAAUUGGUGGACUGGGCUGCUACAACCAGCCUGAGUCUUGAAAGUGGGCUAUUAACACACCAUUAUUUUUUUUUUGCUUUUUUUCCCCUACUGACAGAUGUAUUUCAAGCUAAUAGCAUCUGCCCUAUGUUGAAGAAAGAUAGGCAACUUUUUUUUUUCAAACACCAGAUUGUAAAAUUGUAGCCUAAACAUAGUUGCUAUGGAGGAAUAGGAUUUUAUAAUAGCAUUAUAGCUGAACUAAUAAUUUUGAAUAAGCUUUGUUUGGGCAAAUUAAAACAGAGUAUUUAAACCACUGAGAAUGAAAGUAUAUUAAGACCCCUUUCAAGUUCAGAGAAAAUUUUACAAAUAUGUGUAUUCUGUUGAAAGUGAUUUACUACCUGACUAUAUCUAGUAUGUGCCCUAAUUUCUUUAAAUUAAUUGAAAGUAAUUCCAGAAUAUAGCCAUUUUCUUUAUGCAAAGACCUCUUUGGUUUACAGUUUAUGGAAGAUAACCAUACAAAAGAAGAAAAGUAUGUUGGCAUUGAGAUCUGACAUAGAAACAAAUCCAGGAGUGAAACUUUAAGAGUCAAAUAUGUAUUCUUACCAUUUAUGGAAACUUUUUUAUACUGUAACAGAUAGAAGUUCUACCUUGCAUAUUAUACCUGUCAAGUGCCUGUAUUUCACCUUGAUGUCAUUUCUGUGAUUUCUAGCUUAAUUCCAUGUAUUAUAUUCACAUGUUUGUCCUAUAUUUAUAUAGACAAUGAUGGGUAGAUUUACAAAGCUAAAUCCUAUAGUAAAACAAAUUCGAUCAUCUGCAUCCUAUGUGUUGGCUUAAGCUGUUGCAGUAUUAGUAACGAGUUGUGAUGAUGAAGUUCAUCUACCUGAGAAGCGGAACUGAUAUGGAUGGUUUGGCCCCACUGUUGCAAAAGCUGUUCUGUUCAUUGGCCCCAAUUGUGAUUGGCAGUCCUUUAAUACAGCCUUCACAAAACCCACAGACCACAAGUCAUUCCUCUCUGACACGCACUGCAAAUUAUACAUGGAGUGAUGUCUUGCCAUAGGAAUUCUAAAAUGCUAUCAGUUGCUAUGCUGAAUCCUUUUGUGUGCAAUAAUGUGCAAUAUGGUAUAUUUGGUCUUAAUGCUGGAUCUCAUGUGCUCUGGAAGUAGGAAAAAGGUCCAAAGAUCAGGCCUAAAGUAAGAAUUAGAGAUAUAUAAGGUAUUGCCUAGGAGAUUAAAGCUAUGGAACUUGUUUUAUAAACAAGCACAGAAUCUAUCAAAAGUUGCACACUGUUAACAUUAGUUUCUGUAUGUUUAAUGUCAUCAAAAUUCAUGGGAUAUAAGUGUCCUUUACUUUGACUGGCUUAUGUCCAUGUUUUCUUAGAGCAGAACUACUUAAUUCUUAAAGGCAAUGAUUAAAUUUUAAUAUAAUUUAUUGAUAUGCUUUUGUAGAUUUUUAAAAUAUAAUUUUCUUGUGAAUAUUUGCUUGACAACUUAUUUGCAUUUUUCAUGUAUCAGUACUUUGAUACGUCAGCCUUCCUUUAAACAAUACAUAUCUUUUUUCUUUUUGUAACUAUUUGAUUUUAAAAACAUAUGGCUUGAAAGUUGCACAAAUGUAAUGAUUCGUUUGUUCAUGUUGCCUUUUCACUACAUCUAUGCAUAAUUCUUGGCUUGAAGUCAAUGAAGAUGAAAUGCUUUAUGUGACUUUAAUUAGUCACUUAAUGGUCAUGUUUCCUUUUCUGUAUUUUAUUAGUUUCACUUAAAAAAUAGUAUUUUCACAGAUGAAUAAAAACUUAAUUAAAAUCAAA